GCAUUGUGCAGCAGGCGGGCCCCCGCGCGGCAGGGCCCUGGACCGGCGCGGCUCCCGGGGAUGGUGAGCAAGGCGCUCGUGCGCCUCGUGUCUGCCGUCAACCGCAGGAGGAUGAAGCUGCUGCUGGGGAUCGCGCUGCUCGCCUACGUUGCCUCUGUUUGGGGCAACAUCGUUAACAUGAGCUUUCUACUCAACAGGUCUAUCCAGGAAAACGGUGAACUAAAAAUUGAGAGCAGGAUUGAAGAGAUUAUUGAACCACUCAGAGAGAAAAUCAGAGAUUUGGAAAAAAGCUUCACUCAGAAAUACCCGCCAGUAAAAUUUUUAUCAGAAAAGGAUCGUAAAAGAAUUUUGAUAACUGGAGGAGCAGGGUUUGUGGGUUCCCAUCUCACCGAUAAACUCAUGAUGGAUGGCCAUGAAGUAACGGUGGUAGACAACUUCUUCACUGGCAGAAAAAGAAAUGUGGAGCACUGGAUUGGCCACGAGAACUUUGAGCUGAUUAACCACGAUGUGGUGGAGCCCCUCUACAUUGAAGUCGACCAGAUAUACCACCUGGCCUCCCCAGCCUCCCCUCCUAACUACAUGUACAACCCUAUCAAGACGCUGAAGACCAAUACAAUCGGCACGUUGAACAUGCUGGGACUAGCGAAACGAGUGGGUGCUCGCCUGCUCCUGGCCUCCACCUCUGAGGUGUAUGGAGAUCCUGAAGUCCACCCACAGAGUGAGGAUUAUUGGGGCCAUGUGAAUCCAAUAGGACCCCGAGCCUGCUAUGAUGAAGGCAAACGUGUUGCAGAGACCAUGUGUUAUGCCUACAUGAAGCAGGAAGGCGUGGAAGUGCGCGUGGCGCGGAUCUUCAACACCUUCGGGCCGCGCAUGCACAUGAACGAUGGGCGGGUGGUCAGCAACUUCAUCCUACAGGCGCUGCAGGGGGAGCCGCUCACGGUGUACGGGUCCGGUUCUCAGACGAGGGCGUUCCAGUACGUCAGUGACCUCGUGAAUGGCCUGGUGGCACUCAUGAACAGCAAUGUCAGCAGCCCAGUCAACCUGGGGAACCCUGAAGAGCACACAAUCCUAGAAUUUGCACAGUUAAUUAAAAACCUUGUUGGUAGUGGAAGUGAAAUUCAGUUUCUGUCCGAAGCCCAGGAUGACCCACAGAAACGAAAACCAGAUAUCAAAAAAGCGAAACUGAUGCUGGGGUGGGAACCUGUGGUGCCUCUAGAAGAAGGUUUAAACAAAGCAAUUCACUACUUCCGUAAAGAACUUGAGUACCAGGCAAAUAAUCAAUACAUCCCCAAACCAAAGCCUGCAAGAAUAAAAAAAGGCCGGACACGCCAUAACUGAAAACCUCACUUCUGGGACUGGAGACGCCCUGUUUCACACUUGAUGGGAUGUAUUUUUAUUUUCAUUUCCUUUAAAUUUUUUUUUAAAGAAAGACUUUAAAAGGUGUCAUGAAGAACAAACUGGAAUUUCAUUCUGAAGCUUGCUUUAAAGAAAUGGAUGUGCCUAAAAACUCCCCUCAAAAAACUGCAAAUUUUGCCUUGCACUUUUUAAAUCUGUCUUUUUAUGUAAAAUAGUGUAGAUGCAUCUCUGCAUAUUUUCAAGUUUUUUAUCUUGCUGUGAGAGCUUAUGUCGUGACUGUCGUUGACAGUUUUAUUUACUGGUUUCUUUGUGAAGCUGAAAAGGAACAUUAAAUGGGGUGAAAAAUGCCGAUUUUAUUUAUUAAAGUGGGUACUUGCAAAUGAGACAUUAUACUAUGCAUAAAGGAAAAAAAAAUCAACAACAACAAACCAAGCAGUAUUGUCAGGUGGGUGAGGCACCGGUAUUUAUUCUUUAGGCAGAUAAAUGAAUUUAGUUUGAGAGCUUUAUGAUUCUUUCAAUUCAGAAUUUUUCCGAGGUCUAGUUUUUAGUUGUAAACUUGACUUUGAAAUAUUUCUGUUAGUUAUCACGAUCAAGGAUAUUUGAACUCACUACUGUGUCGUGCUGCCUAAGGGGUUGGGGGGUGGGCAGAGUUAACAUAUUCAUGGUUAACAGUGGUUAAAUAUGCUAUUUUAAUAAAAUAUUGAAAUUCA